UGGAACGAAAGAAAUUAGAAAUGUUGCCUAAAUCUGACAUUGUUACCCAGCUUCUUCAAGCACAGGUAUGGCAGACAAGAUCUGAAGAAUAGGGGGAUAUAACGGGUUAACUUCGAAACAGGGACUCAUAAGUAAUCAGCCCACUUUAAACCCGGUUGCUCCCGGUCAACCAGAACAGUCAAGUGCAGAGUUCGUACAGUAUGGUACCAACGUCGGAAACCUAGGGGGCCAAAACUUCCGGGGAUAUUGGCCUUUGGAUAGCAAUUUUAUGCCUCCACCACCUCCGAUACUUGGAGCUCCGGGGCCCAGCGUAUCAUCGCAUCCAGCUAAUUUACCCGAUUUGAACAACUUCAGCACUGACGGCACUAACAGCAAUGGUGUUCCACUUCCAUUACAAGGUAUUUUCAUGUGGCGUCAUCCGUCAUAUGGAUAUCGUUGCGAGCCGGUCAUGAGAUUCCAAUCACGGGAUGAAAAAACUAGCACGGACAGCCGAGGCCAUAGUCGAAAGCCUUCCGUACGUUCAGGGAGCACCAAGAACAGCAUCAAUAGCGGAAAGAGCAGUAGCCACCUUACAAGCUCCGGAAACGCCACGAGGAAUAUGGAGGACUCCGACCAAACGAGGGGACACGGUAAUGGGGAUCCGUUUCAAAGUCGUCAUUCUGGUUGCAACAGGAAUACCGCAGGGGGCGCCUCAAAUACCGGAGAUUCCUCCCAGAGCGGUAGGGUCGUCAGCGGUUCCUCAACUGGUAGCGGAGAUCCGUUUCAAAGCCGUCACGCAAAUGGAAACGGCAACAGCAAUACGGUUGACAAAGCUAGGUCUGGAGAUCCAUUCCAAAGCAAGCACAGUCAAGGUACCAAUCGGGGUGGCAGCGGAUUGUCUUCAAGAGGCGGAGAUCCAUUUCAAAGCCGCCAUACUAGGAAAAACGGCAAUCCCCAUAAGGGUGGAGAUCCAUUCCGGAGCAUACAUACCCAGAGCAACGGCUCUGGCGCAAGAAACGAGGGAGAUAGAUUUCAAAAUGGAAAUAAUCCGAGGGAUCGCAGCAGCUCAUGCUCAGAUAGGCAGAGGAACAGUUUAGGAGGGAAUUCGGCGUGGAAUGCCACUAGGUAUCAGGGCAAGCAAAGCAGUCAUGACUGGAAGCAGGAUGAGGCAAGCGGAGUUGACUGGUAGAGCGUCGCGGAGCAGAGUAGAUGGGAAUCAUGGGAGUGCAUAUUAACCGAGUUGAAUUCACAGAGAUUGUAAAAG